GUGAUAGAGGUGGAAGAAGGGUUGGGGGUGGUCGGGUAUGGUGGACGGGUGUGGGUGAUGGACGAGGAAGACGGGUUGGAGGUGGUCGGCUAUGAUGGACGGGUGUGGGUGAUGGAGGAGGAAGAGGGGUUAGAGGUGGUCGGCUAUGGUGGACGCGUGUGGGUGAUAGAGGAGGAAGACGGGUUGGAGGUGGUCGGCAGUGGUGGACGGGUGUGGGUGAUGGAGGAGGAAGAAGGGUUGGAGGUGGUCGGCUAUGGUGGACGGGUGUCGSUGAUGGAGGAGGAAGAAGGGUUGGAGGUGGUCGGCUAUGGUGGACGGGUGUGGGUGAUGGAGGUGGGAGAAGGGUUGGAGGUGGUUGGCUAUGGUGGACGGGUGUGGGUGAUGGAGGCGGAGGAAGGGUUGGAGAUGGUCGGCUAUGGUGGACGGGCGUGGGUGAUGGAGGAGGAAGAAGGGUUGAGGGUGGUCCGCUAUGGUGGACGGGCGUGGGUGAUGGAGGAGGAAAAAGGGUUGGAGGUGGUCGGCUAUGGUGGACGGAUGUGGGCGAUGGAGGAGGAGGAAGGGUUGGAGGUAGUCGGCUAUGGUGGACGGGUGUGGGUGAUGGAGGAGGAAGAAGCGUUGGAGGUGGUCGGCUAUGGUGAAUGGGCGUGGGUGAUGCAGGAGGAGGAAGGGUUGGAGGUGGUCGGCUAUGGUGGACGGGUGUGGGAGAUGGAGGAGGACGAAGGGUUGGAGGUGGUCGGCUAUAGUGGACGGGUGUGGGUGAUGGAGGAGGAAGAAGGGUUGGAGGUGGUCGGCUAUGGUGGACGGGUGUGGGUGAUGGAGGAGGANACGGGUGUGGGUGAUGGAGGAGGAAGAAGGGUUGGAGGUGGUCGGCUAUGGUGGACGGGUGUGGGUGAUGGAGGAGGAAGAAGGGUUGGAGGUGGAAGGCUAUGGUGGGCGGGCGUGGGUGAUGGCGGAAGAAGAAGGGUUGGAGGUGGUUGGCCAUGGCAAACGGGUGUGUUGAUGGAGGAAGAAGAAGGGUUGGGGGGUGGUCGGCUAUGGUGGACGGGUGUGGGCGAUGGAGGAGGAAGAAGGGUUGGAAGUGGUCGGCAAUGGUGGGCGGGCGUGGGUGAUGGCGGAAAAAGAAGGGUUGGAGGUGGUCGGCUAUGGCGGACUAGUGUGAGUGAUGGAGGAAGAAGAAGGGUUGGGGGUUGGUCGGCCAUGGUGGACGGGUGUGGGUGAUGGAGGAAGAACAAGGGAUGAUGGUGGUCGGCUAUGGUGGACGGGUGUGGGUGAUGGAGGAAGAAGAAGGGUUGGGGGUGGUUGGCUAUGGUGGACGGGGGUGGGUGACGGAGGAGGAAGGAGGGUUGGGGGUGGUUGGCUAUGGUGGACGGGUGUGAGUGAUGGAGGAGGGAGGAGGGUUGGGGUGGUCCGGCUAUGGGGGAUGGACGUGAAAGAAGGCCCGUUGGACGUAUUCUAACUCCUAGCCCCGUGACUCC